UAUAAAAAAAUAAAAACGUCACGUCAAAAUUUGCCGCCAAGUCUUGCUUCAUUCAUUUCGUGCAUAUUAUUAUUAAAAGGAUUUUUUUUAAAUACAAUAAACAUGGGUAUUUUAGGUUUAUCAAAGUUAAUUGCAGAUAUUGCACCUCAAGCUGUAAAGGAAAUGGAGAUCAAAAACUACUUUGGUCGCAAAAUCGCUAUUGACGCAUCCAUGAGCUUGUAUCAGUUCCUAAUCGCCGUAAGAAGUGAAGGGGCUCAGCUAACAUCUGUAGAUGGUGAGACUACUUCUCAUCUGAUGGGUACAUUCUAUCGUACAAUAAGGCUAGUAGAGAAUGGUAUAAAACCUGUAUAUGUUUUCGAUGGCAAGCCACCAGAACUGAAGUCACACCAGCUCAACAAAAGAGCUGAAAGACGUGAGGAGGCUGAGAAAGAGUUGCAGAAAGCUACAGAAGCUGGUGACCAAGCCCAAAUGGAGAAGUUCAACCGUCGCCUGGUGAAGGUGACGAAGCAACACGGAGAAGAGGCUCGGGAGCUGCUCAAACUGAUGGGUAUCCCCGUAGUGGAGGCGCCCUGUGAGGCUGAAGCACAGUGCGCUGCAUUGGUUAAGUCUGGGAAAGUGUUCGCCACAGCCACCGAAGAUAUGGACGCAUUAACGUUCGGAGCCAAUGUUCUGCUGCGACACUUGACCUUCUCGGAAGCCAGAAAGAUGCCCGUCCAGGAGUUCCAUCUGGAUAAUGUGCUGAAAGGCUUGGAGUUGGAGCACAAGGAGUUCAUCGACCUCUGCAUAUUAUUAGGAUGCGACUACUGUGGCUCUAUCCGUGGCAUCGGUCCCAAACGCGCCAUAGAACUGAUCCGUCAGCAUCGCUCUUUGGACGAGCUCCUAAAGAAUAUUGACACGAAGAAGUACCCGCCACCUGAAAAUUGGGAUUACGAACAGGCGAGGAGGCUGUUUGAAGAGCCAGAGGUUAAAGAUGCCAGCGAAAUUGAGCUAAAAUGGACAGACCCAGACGAGGAAGGGCUGGUGAAAUUCCUCUGCGGUGACAAACAGUUCAAUGAGGAGCGAGUCAGGAACGGAGCCAAGAAGCUGAUGAAAGCGAGGUCUGGCACCACGCAGGGGAGACUGGACGGAUUCUUUAAGGUUCUAUCAACAACACCAAACCCCAAACGGAAGGCGGAUGAGGAGAAGAAAAGUGCUGCCAACAAAAAAGCAAAAACUGGGGGGCGCGGACGGAAACCUAAAUAAUAAGACUGCAAUUUGAUAUUAUUAUAAACUAAAGGCCGCCCGCGACUUCGUCCGCGUGGAAUCAUUCCCGCGGGGAAUCCGGGAUAAAAAUUAGCCUAUAUGUUAUAUCCAUACUGACAUCCUGACAUGUUAUUUUUGUAAGAUUGUGAUAAUUUUGAUUACGACUAUAAACGGUCCUAUAAGAUAAUUGAUAUCAGGAUAUGCACAGAAGUUGAUAAUUCAUAUUGUAUAAUCUCUCUCUGAAACUAUAAGGUAAAUCGAGAAGUAAAAAUGUUGUCUCGUCCAUAUUACUAUUUCUAAGUUAUCGUGAAGUUGAUUUAUUGAAGAAAAUGCUGCUGUGCAGUUUGUUAGUGCAACUUCUUCUGUACUGACUGUAACUUUGGAAGUAUUUUUAAUUCGAUGUCAACCAAUGUUGUGAAACCAAAAGAAAAAAAUAAUUUAUUUGGCAAAACACGUCAUCAUACAUUCAAAUGCAUUGGUUGUUUAAAUAAUUUAUAAGUCCAUACAUAAAGUUUUACCAAUGAUCGGUUUGCAAAAAGCUUACGACAGAUGGGUCACUGUGGCCGACCUGAACUCUGCUGAACUGCAAUUAAAUUUUACAAUAGUCAAACUAAGAAAUAGAUUAUAAUGAUAAUUAUUAAUUACAAGCUGUGCCCGCGACUUCGUCCGCGUGGAAUAGUUAUUUUGGGCAUCAUUGAAGCCCUCAAGGAUGAAUAAUUUUCCCCGU